CCCAGCCGCUGUUUGAGUAGCUGGCUAACGUUAGAUUUACGACUUAAAUUAAGGUUUUAUUUCGGAUAAUAUUAACCUGCAGUAACAGGGCGAAUGUUAAUUUAUCCUCAAAGGCUGGAAAAACCCAAAGAUGAAGAAAAUGCCAGCUACCCAGGCCAAGCUAUUUAACCCAGGCCAAGCUAUUUAACCCAGGCCAAGCUAUUUAGCCCAAGCCAAGCUAUUUAACCCAGGCCAAGCUAUUUAACCCAAGCCAAGCUAUUUAACCCAAGCCAAGCUAUUUAACCCAAGCCAAGCUAUUUAACCCAGGCCAAGCUGUUUAACCCAUGCCAAACUGUUUAACCCAUGCCAAGCUAUUUAACCUAGGCCAAGCUAUUUAACCCAAGCCAAGCUAUUUAACCCAAGCCAAGAUAUCUAACCUAGGCCAAGCUAUUUAACCCAAGUCAAGCUAUUUAACCUAGGCCAAGCUAUUUAACCCAAGCCAGGCUAUAUAACCUAAAGGCAGAAGAAUGAAGAAGAGCACUCCAGGUGGUGGCAGAGGGCUGCACCCCGGAAACCCAAAUCCAGUCCAGAGCUCCAGUCUGGGAGGAGACAGACCUAACGAGCCAGUUAUUCCUCUCCCACCGCAGAUUGGAAGUCCUCAAAGACUGCAAAGCAGAAUUAGGACAGCGUUGAACACCGCAGAGAGAUACAGAACAGCACUCGGUAACAAACGCGUGGGACGACCUUAUAAACAGAAAAAGAUGAUGCGGAGGAUGAGUUUAUUCCCCCGCCGGGGCACCUCUCUGGGAAACCUUGGGCUGACAGAAGAGGAGAUCAGAGAGGAGGUGGAGAAUGACACAUAUGAAUUGGUCUCAGAGUUUGUUAAGCUCCCAAAUAGAGCUAGAAUGCAGGCCAUACGAUCCCUGCCCAUGAGUUUCAGCGAGAGACGAAAUAUCAGGAGCAGAGUGAUCUCAGUCAAACUCUCCGAGAAGAACAUCCUCCCUACGUGUUGCACUGACUGCAAUCAGCAAGUCUCUCUGUUUUUCCGCAGGUUUGGCGCAGGCUGGGCCUCAGUCAGGCAGCGCUUGGUGAUAUGGCAGGACACCCUGAAGGAGAUCGGGGGCAGGUUCGGCACCUCCGUCCUCUCGUACUUCCAGUUCCUGAAAUGGUUGCUCAUGUUCAACAUCUUCUCCCUCCUCAUCAAUUUCUGCUUCAUCACAAUCCCCCAAAUUGUGCGCUCUCCAAAUAUCACACACCCGAUAAGCUUCAGAGGACUGGAGCUGCUCACAGGAGCGGGUUAUUUCAAUCAGACAGUGUUGUUCUAUGGAGGCUAUAAUGGUGAAGUCAUUAAAACACAGCCUUCCUACAACAUGCAGCUGGCUUAUCUCUUCACCAUAGCAGCCUACUUGGUGCUUUGUGGAGUGUCCCUUAUCUAUAGCAUGGCCAGGUCCUUUCAGAGGAACUUUGUGUUAGUGGCUGGUCCCGCCUACGGCGGAGCGUGGCGUCUGUUGUGCAGCUGGGAUUUCAGCGUUAUCAACGAGAAAGCCAUCCAGCACAACAAGGACAACCUCUCCAUCCAGCUAAAGGAGUCUUUAUCCGAGCGACUGCAGAAGAAAGCUGUAGUUUCCGUGUCAGCUAAGCUCCAGCAGAUCUCUCUGCAGCUCCUGGCCUGGCUGCUGUCUUUAGGGCUUGCCGUGGGCUCCUGCACAGGCAUCUACUUCCUGGAGUUAAAUCUGAAUGAGCUGAUGCCAAGUAUAUCUGAUUCAGGGAAUUUAGAAGAGGAAGCCUCCACGCUGCUCGUGCCUGUUGUAGUGUCUCUCAUCAACCUCGUCAUUCCUCUCAUCUACGCCCUCGUUAAUAAAAUGGAGCACUACACCAACCCUCGUACAAACGUCUACGUCAUCAUCCUAAGAAAUGUCCUGCUGAAGAUGUCCAUCCUGGGAAUUCUUUGUUAUUACUGGCUGAGUGAUGUUCCCACUAACUUUUCAUGCUGGGAAUCUUUCGUGGGUCAGAGCGUUUAUCGGCUGGUGGUAGUCGACUUCAUAUUCUGCCUGCUUGGCUCUUUCUUUACAGAAUUCCUGCCCAACAUAAUUGGAACUAAAUGUUUUCGAAGUCUGGGUGUCCCAGAGUUUGACGUUGCUACAAAUGUACUGAAUCUUAUCUACGCCCAGACACUGGCAUGGAUUGGAAUUUACUUCUCUCCACUCCUUCCCGUCAUUCAAGUCGUUAAGCUGUUUAUUAUCUUUUACCUGAAAAAGGUCAGCCUGAGCAUGAACUGCCAGCCGCCCAAGCGCACGGGCAGGGCAGCCCAGAUGCAGACCGUGUACAUCGCUCUCCUCUUCUUCCCCUCAUUCGUAGGCGCGCUGUCCAUGGUGGCCUACACAGUGUGGAGUCUGAAGCCUUCCGAGCAGUGUGGGCCAUUCCAGAACCUCGGCAAACCCUUCCAAGUCGUCCUCGACUGGAUGAAAGGCGUCCAGAAUAUUCCAGGAUCGGAAUGGGCCUGGUGGACAUUUGAGCACGUGCUGAGAAACGAGCUGUUCUUCUACCUCAUCACUCUCAUCGUCCUCGUUUUUACUUAUUUAGUCUGGCAGGUCUCUCAGGGCCGGAAGCAGCUCAUCAAGACUCUCCGAGAGCAGAUUGUCAAUGAGGGAAAGGACAAGGCCUUCCUGCUGAAUAGACUACAGAACGCCCGGAAACAGAAAAGAGAUGCCCUGACCUUCAGGCCCCAGGAAUACACUGAGAGGACAUACUUCAACCAAAACUGGAUGAACACGUUCCCACUGGAUAUGUGAGACACUGUUGAGGUUUUGCCAAACUUUGCGAAAGAGCGCCAUCUCCUGGACAGUUGGUGGGAUGGUGGGAUGAAGCACUGCCCUGUGAAAGCAAAUCCGAUUCAACUCCAAGUAAAUACGCAGUCUGUUGUUGACUUUGGAAACAGCAAACUAAAAAACAGGUUUGGGAUUCGGGGAUUUAUGGGAUUGGCCUGCUGCGCUUGAUCCAGCAGGUGGCUUCCUUUCAGAGCAGCAGCCAGCAAACCACCACUAAAACAGGCACGCGCUCAAGGCCAUUUAGUGUCUUGCAGACCUUUUCAAGUCUGUUUUACCUUCUGUACGUGAAGAUUGUCAUCAGUACAUUUGCAGCACAACUUUUUAAACAAAUUCUAAAACACUUUUUUGAAGAAAUUAAAACUUAUUUAAAUGAUACUGUACUUUUAUUGUGAAAAAGUCGUUGCUUUCAUACACUAAGAACUGUACAAUCAAUAAUUUAAAAACAUGUUCGGUUUGUUGUUUCAAGAACACUUGAUUAUUCCUUAUUUAAGUUACUCAGCAGCUUUUAGCUUAAAC